UGCCUCUCCUGCCCUAUGCUCUGCCAGCCACAGGGUGACGCAAGGGGGCUGCCAGCCAGGCUGAGGCGCAACGAGCCAUUGGCACCUGCGUCAAAAGGCGAGAGAGAGACAGAGAGAGAGAGGGAAGAGAGGAGCCCGACAGUCCGCGCCUGCUCGCCCUCCUUCCUUCCCGGCCCACCGCCUCUGCCCAUCAUCCCAGCAGCAGCAGCAGCAGCAGCAGCAGCCUCCUCCUCCUCCUCUUCUUCCUCCAUCUGGCCCGGAGAGAUGUCUUCUCCUCCGCCGGGCCGCCCCAUCUCCGGGGAGCACCGGGUGGGCGACGGGGCGGAGGACGAGCGCGCUCCCGGAGCGCGUUGGGAAGGCGAAGGCGCGCCGCAGCCCCCUCCUCCUCCUCCGCCGCAGCCUUUCUCGCCCCCUCCUCCCGUUUCCAUGGCGACUGCAUCCACAGGAGGCAUGGCAUCCUCUCAUUUCUACGAUUACAGUUCUUCCAAGACAACAGAGAUGGGCAAUGGCUCUUUCUAUACCUCCCUGAUUUCUGAUGACCUCUAUACAUCUCCCCAAGAUUCCUCUUACUUCACAGGAAACCUGUCCAAAGGAGGCAGCUAUGUUAGUGCUUCGGACAGCACUGAAGGGUUCCUCUCCCAGGAUGGGAAUCCCUUUGAGUCCCGCGGCUUGUUUAGCUCGGAUUCAGGAAUAGAGAUGACUCCAGCAGAAUCCACCGAUGUCAACAAAACCUUCGCUGACCCCAUGGAGCAGAUGAAAUCAGAAGCUUAUAAAUACAUGGACAUGAGUCGAUCAGAAGAGAUUAAGUGCCAGGAGAGAUAUAGUACAGGUCUGGGUGAUGUAGGCCCACCAGGCUUGAUGGAGAAAUGGCAGGAUAAUGCGACUGAACCUAAGGGGACAUCUUCUGGAGGGAAAUAUGCCACCAAAGAGCCAGGUUUGGGCGAGAAGUCAACUUUUGGUGGCUAUCAAUACUCACCUUUAGCAAUGGCACCAGUCAAGAUUUCAGUGACUGAAACAGAGACCAUUGAGGGGGCUGUUGCAAAAGGAAAGGCUACAGAGAAACAAGAUACAGGACUCAAACCAGGACACGAAGUAGUGCCCACGGUGAUGGUGUCAGAACCAGAAGAUGAGAGUCCAGGCUCCAUUACACCACCAUCUUCAGCUACAGAACCAUCAGGCUCAGAGUCCCAAGGCAAAGGGAGCAUGUCCGAAGACGACUUCAUUAGUGCCGUUAGAGAGGCCAAAGGCUUCUCCAGUGAAAGCUCUGAAGGCCAGAGAUCUCCAACUGUUGCACCUGGAAAACCGGAUCCUAAAAUCAAGAUGCCAGAACGUCCAUCUGGUGGGCCUCCUUUGGAUAAUGAAGUAAGUAGCGCUGAAUCUGGUGAUUCCGAGAUUGAGCUGGUCUCAGAAGACCCACUAGCUGCAGAAGAGGUUCUCCACUCAAAUUACAUGUCCUUCAGCCAUGGUGGAGGACCUCCUCCUUCCCCAGCAUCUCCUUCGAUACAGUACAGCAUCCUGAGGGAGGAACGUGAGGCUGAACUGGACAGUGAACUCAUCAUUGAAUCAUGCGAUGCUUCCUCAGCCUCUGAGGAAAGUCCAAAGCGGGAGCAUGAUUCGCCUUUGAUGAAGCCUAUCAUUAUGGACAUAAUACAGGAGGAAAACUACUCCAGAAAUGAAAGUGUUGGGGCCUCCAAUUACAAAGUCAGUAGCUUGAAGGAGAGCAGGAUGAACAAGGAGAACCUGGCAGACUCUGCCUCCUACUUGAAGUGCUCCUUUGGUACUUCCAAGGUUCACGGCCACCCAAGUUCCUCCUUGGCCAUCGGCACUGAAGAGAUAAAGGACAGAAUGUCUCAGAAGAAAUCAACCGAGGUGACAUCUACCUUUACGGCAAGCAAACCACCAUCCAAGGGCUCAGUGACUAGGAGUCCCUGGUCUGCUCCACCACUGCCAUUUUUAAAUAAGCAAAAAGCUAUUGACCUGCUCUACUGGCGCGACAUCAAGCAGACGGGCAUUGUGUUUGGAAGCGUCCUGCUGCUGCUUUUCUCCCUGACCCAGUUCAGCGUCGUCAGCGUGAUCGCCUACCUGGCCCUCGCAGCACUCUCCGCCACCAUCAGCUUCAGAAUCUACAAGUCAGUCUUACAGGCUGUGCAGAAAACCGAUGAAGGCCACCCGUUCAAAAGCUACUUGGAUAUGGAAAUGUCUCUCUCCCAGGAACAGAUUCAGAAAUACACAGAUUGCCUCCAGUCGUACAUGAACUGCACAGUCAAGGAGCUCAGGCGACUCUUCCUGGUCCAGGAUUUGGUGGAUUCCUUAAAAUUUGCAGUACUAAUGUGGCUGUUGACCUACGUUGGAGCUCUCUUCAAUGGCCUAACUCUUCUGAUAAUGGCUGUGGUCUCAAUGUUUUCCCUACCUGUUGUAUAUGACAAGUACCAGGCACAGAUUGAUCAGUACUUGGGACUUGUGCGGACUCACAUAAAUACUGUGGUGGCAAAGAUCCAAGCAAAAAUCCCAGGCGCUAAGCGGAAGGCUGAGUAAAAAAGCAGCAAGAAUCCAUCAACUACAAGAGUGAAUGAUGAGGGAGUCUGGGAUGAAAACAGCUCUGUUCUUACUUUCGACUGAUUAUAAUUUAUUGUUCCUUUACCUCUCUAUCUCUGUCUCUCUCUGUGGGUGAAGGCAGGUGUUGAAAAGGAAGGGCGCUCACCCCGUGCCCCUUAGCCACAGGGUGAGCUGGGUUUCAGACUGGCUCCACAAUUGAAAUGACUUGUGCGGAUGCCAGGACAUCAAACACUAUCCGGGACGCCUGUCUUGCACCUUCUUCCUCAUGUGAAGUAGUUCAGGUUGGCUGUGUGACAUCCUUAAAAAGAGAAAGAGAGCGAGAGGAACAUAUGGAUUGUCAUAUUUUUCUGUUCAUUUAUCACUAGCGUCUUUUUGGAAAAAUAACUAUUUCAAAGUGCAAAGUGACUCCAGGGGUAGGGGAGGCGAAAAAUUGGGUGAAUUCAUAGAAAGUGGCCAACGUUGCCAGGUUCCCUUUCAGUUUGGCAAAUCUGCUUUCUCCCCUGGAGAGGAAUGGUGCGUUUACACUCAGCACAAGGAAAAUGUUCCACGUUUGUCCCCACUGCUCUCAACAUGUGUUGCAUCUGUCUUCACCCCUCUCUCUUUCAAACACUAGGAUCUCAGAGAUGUGAAACGAUGAAGCAGCUGUUCUUUUAUUUCCCCCUCCCUCUCUUUCUCCUGCUGUUUCUGUACUCUCUCUUAGACUAUUUGCAAUCACGUGUGUCGAGCACUAAAGUAUAGUAAAGAGAAAAGUGUUCUAGGUGUGGUUCUUGUGUUGCUUCUCAAGUGCAUGAUGGUAAGAGCCUAAACUACUAUUGAACUUUCUUUUUUUUUAAUUUUCUAGUGCUUCUACUAUUACUACUACUACUAUUACUUCUAUUGGCAUCGCUUCGAUAACUUUUAAUGUUACAUGUGGCUAGGGCUUUCCUGCUUAGUGCACCGAUGCAGUUUUGGCUUCUAUGUCCACUGGGUUUGCUGGUUGGGAUUAUCUUUACUAACUGUCUAGAAUCGUAGACUGAGGUCUUUUCGGUGUUGUUUCUGUUUCUUUUCAGCACAAGUGACAAAAAUACACGAAAUAACGAGCAAUUGGUACUUAAAUGGUUACACUCCAUUUUGUAGAACUCUUUCAAAGGAAAUUCAACUACAUAGAACCAACCCACCCAGUACUUUUUCUUUGGUUGUUCUCGAGGGAUCCAUGGGCUGAUUUACAUGUAUGGGAACUGAAGACUUCCGGCUUGUAACAUGUAUCACAAAUUUGUAUGACAUUCUCUGUAGGACUUAAUUAUGGACUCUAAAUAUUUGCACUUAUGUACUUGAUACCGAAUGCAGAAAUAAAUGUUACUAAAUGUUAAAAAAAGAA